AUGGGCGCCUUCGCGCCGCCCGCGGCCUGGAAUAAGCCCAAAGCCAAGCCCCCGGCCGUGGACCCGGCCGUGCGCGAGGCGCCGCUCCGGGCCCUGCUCGCCCUGGGCCUGGAGAAGCUCGCCACGGCCGGGUGCGACGACCGCUGCUACGCGGCGACGACGCCCGGCCGCCCGCUCUGCGUGCUCGUGCCCGGCGGCGGCAGCGGCCCGACGGACGCGGGCCUCUGGUCCACGCUCGACUUCGCCGUCGCGGACCCGGAGGCGGGCGCGGUCUGCCACUACGCGGCGCUCGCACUCGCGCGCGGCUGGUCCGUCUGCGUGGCCCCGCCCGCCUCCGGGUCGGCCGAGGACGCGGACACCAUCGACGCCGCCGUGAAGGCGGCGCGGCGCGCCGGCGACGCGCCCGUCGUCGCGGUCGUCGCGCACUCGCUCGGCGGCGCGGCGGCCGCCGCGUGGCUCCGGCGCCGCGACCU